GGCGCUUGGACAGCGCGUCUUGCUUCGCGCCACCCUCUCAAGCGCCGCCCUAUCUUGACCCUCUGCACAUACCAUGUCCGCCGAAUUGCAACCAAAGGUCCGAGUCGUGGUACGGCUGCCGUGGAAUAGGCCCGACGUACCGCUCGAGGACCCCCCGAACGUCGUAUGGACGGCUGAGAAGGCCGAUAUCCUCUGGAAAGCCAUCGAGCAGUCAAGAUCGCGCGACGCUCGGGCAACGGAUUAUAAAGCACUUGCGGCGCGCCUCGAUGUGCCCCUUCCGUACCUUCUCUAUCGCGUCCAUGCUCGCUUCCAGGAAGAACUGAAGGGCUUGCAAGACCUUCAAGGGGCGCUGAGCUCCCUACCUCCGAAUGCCUCGCCUGAGCUACCCCACUCCGCCCCUCCAACGGCCAUUAGCCGCGCUGCAGAUCGCCUCGGCCUGUCAUCCUCCCGUCUGUCUAUACAACCGAACGUGCGCGCGCGCUUGAACUCCCUCGGUCACAAUUCUCCCACACCACGCAGCGCCCUGUCCUCCUCCACCCUCACAAUUCAGAAGCCCUCGACCCCCGCCACUGCACCACUACCCCGGCGCUCCUUCGCGUCUCCAGCACCCGUCUCUCCCCACUCCGAUGGCUCGAACUCAGACUCGGAUGAUUCGGCGGAGCGUGAAGACGAGGCAGACCGCAGUCGCGAAGAGCAGGAGGCGCUGGACCGCAAGCUUGAAGACUUGACGCGCAUGAUGACCAACGAGACGCUCGGUCUAGUGAGCGCGCCGCAGGUCAGACCGAGGCCAAGGCCGCCGCCUCUUUUGCAAGACGCGAGCUUGCGAGGGCGCUUCCCUGAGCCCAUGUCGACGAGGUCAGGGAGUACCAGUCAGAGCCUGUCGAGUGCAGGUUCAGGGCAGGGAUCGGGGUCUAUACCUGAGAUUCCUAGCCCGUCUUCAAGGUCGCAGCCAGCCAGCCGGCAUAUGUCGCCGACAAAGUCUUCUGCGAACUCGCCCGCGGUGUCGCCACGUCAUGCGACGCAGCGGUAUAGGCCGAUGUCGGUGGCACCCAGCUUGAGCGAGACGAGCAGCAAGGAUGGGUCGACAGCUUCUAGCUUUAGUGAUCUCAGUGACUUGUCAACAUCGGCGCUCGAAAGCGCUAUGGCGAACACCAGGGCUGGAGGUCACUCAUCACGUUUCUCUGCUUUUGGCGUCGCUCGCAGCCGCUUCGGGCCACGCAAUGGCAUACCGCAAUAGAGUCACUGUGCCCCGCCGGCUCUUCGAGGGAAAGGACGCCACGUAUCUCGCUGCUGACGCAUUCCCCGGACGCGCGUAGUGUACGCGUAUACGUACCGCGCGUACCUCUUCUAGCACGUUCUGUAUUACUAGCCACACUAAGAGUCCGCGCAAUAUAACGGGCCGUAUAUAUAAGGCACCUUCGCUUGUCC